UGAUUUUUUCAUAGACAUUCCACGCCGCGGGGAUGUCGUGCCUACGUUCGCUUUGUUUACUUAAAAAUUAAAAAAAAGUGCAAAAAAAUAGUAAAAAAAUUAGUGACAAAAAUUUAAAAAAUAUAUUAAAGAAUUUAAUAAAAAAUAAAAAAGUAAUUUUCAAAGAUAAAUUAAAGGCGAUUGUUUAAAGUUUGAAUUGAAAAUCAGUCUAUUCACGGAUUAACCGAUUUUGACAUUUGAUGCAAAAUUAGCUUAGCCACUAAGUGAAAGUGAACAUGAAAGUGAAUAAAAAAUAAAAACAAAAAAUACUAUAUAACAAAUCUUGAAAAAAAAAAAUUGUAAAACAAAUAUGGCAGUGGUUUAGGAGGAUUUUUUUUUUUGAUUUUUUUUUGAAUUUUUCCAAAAUGUGUGACGUCGAAGCCCAAGUGCAGCCAACAAAAACGAUUAAAGAGAACUUCACAAUAAACCUGUUCUUACGCACAAUUUUCCACGUUAUAUAUUUUGUGUGGUUCGUGUGUGUGUUAUCUUGGGGUUGCAUGAUUUGGUUCACGAUCACCGACGACCAACUGAAGCAUCCGAUUCUGAAGGAUCUGAAGAUUUUGGCGCCAUUUUUCUUCACGAAUUGGAAUUUUACCUUCCAAACAGUCUUUCUGGGUCUGUCUCUGUUACAUGACGUGCUAGAAUGGUGCGACAAGCAGAAGAGCAGCCUCGGCGCGAAGAUCAAGUACUGGAGAGAUGUCAUAUUCUGUGGGAUGGUGUUACCUUUUACUCUGUUCGUAACAGGAAUGUUCUGGACAGUGUACGCGAUCGACCGGGAGCUGGUCUUCCCCAAGAUCUACGAUGAGGUGGUGCCCUGGUGGUUCAACCACUGCGUCCACACCAACAUCACCGUCGUUCUCGUGGUGGAGACCCUACUCCAAGCGAGGAGACACCCCACCAAUCAGAGGCUGGAGUUGAUCCUGUACUGGAUUGUGGCCUUUGCUUAUGCUAUUGUAUACUACACAAUCUACUUCGUCACCGACCGAUGGCUGUACCAGGUCUUCGGAGUCAUGAACUGGUGGCAAGUCUGCCUAUACCAGCUCUUCAUCUGGGGAAUCUCCUACUUCUUCUACAAGAUGCAAUUUCCUCUCAACAGACUAAUACAUGGAUCAGACACCGAAACAGAUAACAACGAAGAAAAACAUAUAAACGAUGUAUUUCAUGACAAUGACAGACAAACAGACGUUUUGAAUCCAGAUGAAAACGGUAAAGUUAAUACGGAUUUAGAAACAAAUCUUCCAGAAAAGUCUUGGAGCAUGAAAUUUAGGAAUAUAAAAAAUAAUGUCGAGAAUUCUCGAUUGUGAUCGUAUAUAGUGAUGAUUGUAAUCAUUGUAGGUUUAGUAAUUAUGAUUAUAGUGCGACAAGGAUCUUUUGGCACGUGUUCAAAAAAAAAAUUGGAACCAUGGAACUAACGCCGCCAUCUUGUGAAGUGUCACACUCCCUUGUAUAUGGUGUUGCUAAGUAAAAAUCUGAAUUUCAUUUUUUUUUUAAAUAUUAGAGCCAUUUCAUACACAUAACUUUACGAUAUAUCCUGAUAAAUGUGUCUGCAUCUUGUAGCUAGGUAUAUUUAGCAUUACGCAAGUAUGUCAUACCCCUUUCAGGUUAAACCGCAUCCAUCUAAGACUGCAUUAUCACUUACCAUCAGGUGAGAUUGCCAAGUCAGGGGCUAACUGUAUCUGAGUAAAAGAAAAGUAUAGUGUUUGAGAAACAUGAUAGGUUGCAAGCCUAUUGAUGCUUUUUAUUAUUCUUUCUCGCUGUGGAAACAGGGACGGCUUUUCCAAUUUCUUAUUCAGGAAGACUUUUCAACAUUGAUAUUUUCAACAUAUUCCCUAAAAUUGAAAAGAUUCUAAUUGCUGGCAGCCUUUGUUCUACAACGCCCCCUGUCAAUGUCAUUCAAUUGCCAAAAGAUCCUUGUCACACUUUAGUGCUAGAUGAGAUUAUGGUGUGAUUAUAGUAAUAGUAUAAUAUAUAGGUGAAUUUUAGAAUUAUGAUCAUAACUCAAUAUUUAAAAAACCCCCGACACAAAAACCUCUAUAAGAAAACUAGAAAAGAGCUGAUAACUUUUAAACGGCUGAACCGAUUUUCUUCGAUUAUAGCUUAGAACACUCUCGAUUAAGCCACCUUUCAAACAAAAAAAAAAAAAACUAAAUAAAAAUUGGUUCAUUCGUUUAGGAGCUACGAUGCCACAUACAGAUACACAGGUACACAUGUCAAACUUAUAACACUCCUCUUUUUGGGUCGGGGGUUAAAAAGAAUCUUUUUUGCUCAAUCUUUGUGUAGAGUGGUGGUGUGGUGAUUCGCUAAUCAGUGUCUCACCGAAUGAUAACCACUGACCUCAUUUUGACAUUGGUUAGUUCUACAUUGCUGCUUCAUUGAGUGAUAUUAAAAUAAUUUUUCGUAGAAAACCUUCAAUGGAUUAAAAAUGAAUGUCAGAUGAGCUAAGUGGCUAAUAUUCGGAGUUAGUGAAAUUAGGCUGAUACGAACCGUUAAGGUGGAUCCUUUGUUAGCGAUUUUAAAAAGAAAGAGAUGCAGAUACUCUAAAUUUAGUUUAGAGAAAAACAUCAGAAUUGACACCAAGUAAAUCUAGGUAUCCUAAGUUUUAAAUAGAAUGUUAGUGCAGUAAUAAUAUAAAAAAAUUCUUCAAUAAGUUCUAAAAUGUGAUGGAAAAGGUGAUGAACAAAGUACAAAUUUUGAA